UGUAAAAAGUUGUUGGUAAAUUUCUGUAGAUUAACUGAAUUGAAUUUAAAGGCGCGCAWAAUUGGAUUUAGAUAGUUUGAAUAAUUUAUUAGUCCAAAUAAACAAACAAACAAUUUAGCACUCCAAUACUCGUGAAAGUAUUGGAGCAUAUACAAAUGCAGUUUCGGCUGCAUGCGUCCACAGAAUGAUAUAAAUUUGAAAGAGUUAAGUAGUAUUACACUGCGAAAAUAAGAAUUCUAAAUUCAAAGUUCAUAUUACUAAUUAAAUUAACAACCAAUAAUCAGAAUUUCCAGUGCGAAGAAAGAAAAUAUAAAUAUAUCUAUGGUUAUAAUAAUGGAAGAUAUUAAGUCAGAUAUUAUAAGCGCAGCAGGCACUACGCGCAUAAACCCAAUAUUUGCCCCCUCUAUAUCUUCAUCAAAGUUUGUGUCGGUGUUCCGCAUCGAUGGAGUUCCUAUUAUACCGCCAUUAAUGACGGCCGACAAGCGACGACAAAUGCAGAAAUUAAAAGAAAAGGCAAUUAAAAUAGAGCAACGUUUAGAGGAAAAUAGGAAACAGAGAUAUAACUUGGAAUAUUCCGCAGAGCUUGAAGAAUUAAAAGAAGAUACAGAUGUUAUAGAUAAUAAAAACGAAAGUAGUAGUAAUUGUAGUUUAUCUGAGCAUUUAAUAGAACUUGAUGCCCAACGUAUAGAAGCAGAGAAAUCGUAUAUGUUACUUUCAGAUAUUCUGACACAGAAUGAAAAUGAAUCGAAAUUAUCUACACCCAAUCAGAAUCGCGCGGAAAUAAGUCGUCAAACUGCCGGUGAAUGUAGUGAAUUUAAUGUUCAAAUGCAACAGUCGAACUCUUUGGAAAUCAAUCUUAUGCACCGUAUGCAGAAGUUACAAAAAUCAGAAACUUUGAUUUACGACCAUCGUUCUAAUACAAUCAUCAGUCCUUUGACAGAGGACGAAGUUCAAAUCUUCCAACAACAACAGCAACAAAUAAAUUUGGAUCAUCCAGAUGAAAAGCCAAUUGGACAAAAAGUUGAAUUGACAAAAGAAGGCGAAAACGCAAAUAUAAAUUGUGCUGCACGUCAGAAAUCGGAAAAGGUUCUAAAGAAAAUUCCAUCAAUUUGUAUUGAUCCACCAACACCAAUAAUUAGUUCGCGCUCAUUUAUUGAUACUCUAAAAGCAAAAAAUAGUAUUGACACUAUAAAUGUGAAUAAACAAGAAACACCUAAAAAAAAUUUGAACAAAUCGUUACAAGAUGAAAUAAGUUCAGACGAAAGCUUCGCCUGCAUGGAGUCCACCACAAAUCGUGAGCGAGAUUUGAAAACUCAUCACAAAGUAACGAGCAUCACCAGCAAAAUCCUUAAGUUUGAAAAUUUUACCGUAACAGACACGAAAACGGAUAAACCCAAGUGCUCUAACAUAAAGCCACCACAGAGAUCGGCAACAAGUCCAUCAUUGAAGCCAUUAAUAUCCGAGAGAACCCAGUCCAAAAUUAAAUCUCUGGAUGUUAGCCCUACGACGCAAAAUGAAAACGGUUUAGUCCGCUCAAACUCCUUUACACUCGAUUACCCUUCGAAAGCAUUAAUUGAACACAUUCGUCAGCAACAAGUACCUAAUGACGUUUAUCCGACCAAACGUUCGAAUUUGUUUUCUAUGAGCGCCACACGCGACACUGUCGAAUCAAAGGCGAAACGUGUGCAAAAAGUCGAUCUUAAACCACGCCCACAACCAAUGCGCUUACAACUAAAGCCUUCAAUCACAAACAUUACAAGUCCAUCCUCAACACACAAUUCAGGCACUAAAAGUAAACGUUCACCCUAUGAGCAAAGACUAAUUAAACCGAAAAUUGGACGUCAGCUUAAAAAAUCUGUUUCGGGUACAACCGCUAUCAAACAAAUGAAACCCACACCUUCGAUGCCAAUCAUACAAACUACUAAAGUAACCACCGAAAGUGCACGCGAGUGCCCAUCAGGCAAUCAACAAUACAACAGUAUUGAGGAUGAACACCGUCAAAAAUUUCUCGAGUUAUUGGCGCAACAAAAACGUGAACAACAACGAAUGCAGCAGGUAUUCGAAGAGCAACAAAGGUAUUUGCUAGAACAGCUGACAAAUAAAAUAGACAAUGUGCAAAUACAACAUGCUGUAGAUCAUGUGAACAACAAAAGAGUUGACAGUAGUUACCAUGGCUCGGUAGAAAAUUCACCAACAGCAAGGUCAGAUUGUGCUGAAUCAAUGAGUGCGAACAGUUGUGUUGCAACAAAUUCUUUGGACUUGAUGUCAGGUACAAUCCAACUACCAUCGUUGGAGCUAUCAAUCGGCUCAUCAACGUUGCCGAUGACAUCGCAAAGCAGUAAUCACUGCACCCCUCGACGACGGCUUUUUUCGCACGACCUCUCACCAACAGCUUCAAACAGAAGUGUGUCGAUUAGCAGCAACCACAGUGGAGUAACAAAUAAUGUUGGGCGCUCAAAUGGCACAACUAGUGGAGCGUCAAGUAGUCGCCUUUACAAUAACAGUUGAUAACAUUUCAAUGAAAGGAGAAGCUUUUCCAAUCGUUAUUCAAAUAUAUUACAUAAAUUUCAAUAACUAAUUCCAAUAUGAUGAUCUCUAUCUGUGCCUUAUUACUAAAUAAUCAAUCAAAUCUAGCCGCAACAAUCAAUACCGUCAUUUAAGAAUGCGCUGGAGUGUAAGAAACAUCAAAGGUUUCGUUGGGAGACACACUUGUGCAUAUAUUUAUGGUUGACCAUUACAAUAAAAUGUGCCACUUCGCAUUUGACAUUAUUCUCAUUUAUUUGUUCACAUGUAUUUUCCUACAUACCUACAUAUGUACAUAUAUGUAUGUAUGCACAGAAGGAUGGUAAACACACAUUAAAACUGUUUUUUAAACUACUUCAAUUUGAAUUUCAAAGUUUUUUCAAGAUAACACUUGUAAAAUUUACACAAACGUAUGUAUUCAUUUAUGCAACAUCCUUGCGGCUAUCACCAAGUACCUAAAUUGCCUAGAAAAAACUUAAAAAAUUUUAUACUCUCACUGAAUAAGUUAGUAAAUAAAAUUUUAAACUUUCAAAUGUA